CAUAGGAUGAACACUGCUGGUGGGGUGUGUCUGUCUGUGCUGUCCUCUCUCCUGGCUGUGGCUGGGGCCCUGGCUGCCGUGUCUGCCCUCGCUCUAGCUCCUCUCUCUGCCCUGGCUGAGGCUGCCUAUGGGGUUGCCGAUGGCGUCCCCAGCACCGGGGCAGAAGGGGCCCCUUCGCCCAUCUCCUCACCAUGUUCCAGUCUGGUAGCUGGGGUGCUCUAUGGCUCUUUCUCCCUAAGGGAGCUCUUUCCCUCCAGGGAGCCUGGCUGUUCCUGGUCCCUGGAAAACCCAGAUCCCACCAAGUACUCCCUCUACCUCCGCUUCACCCGCCACCCUAUCAUUUGCCGGACACACUCCCCCAUGCUCCUUUCCCUUGACCACCACCUGGCCAAUCAAAGCUGUCCCCUUCAAUUACAGACAGUCACUGCCAGGGAUCAGGAAGUCAUUGAUCUUUGUGGCAGUCAGUCCAACUCAGAUGGACCGUACUCCUUCCUACAGUUUGAUAAGAACUUUGUCCAACUAUGUCUAACGAGACAUCCAUCUGCAGACGAGCCUCAGGUAACUAAGGAAUUGCUGGAGCUGAGACUGGUAGAGGUGUUACUCAUUAACAAUGAGAACUCCAGUCAGUUUACCUGCGGCGUGCUCUGCAGAUGGUUUGAGGAGUGUUUACGCACAGGUCACAAUGGAGACCAGGAGGUUUCUGACGGAGACGGUUGUGGGAUGACCCAGACAGGAUGUAUCUGUCCGAACCACAACAUCAUGGCACCACCUAUUCCGUUGCUUCCGGAGACACCGCACAGUUUCAGCAACGGUUCGCUGGUUCCAGACGACUGCUGCGUCACUGAGCUGCAUUCCAAUGAAGCAAUCGCCAUAGCACCCAGAGAUGUCCGACAAGAUCCAUAUGACGAUGACCUGAAGGUGAAGACCCAAAGACCACGAUCAGCUGACCAGCCAGGUGUGUUUCAGGCACAAACAGGUGACCCUGCAGCAGAGGAGUGGUCGCAGUGGAGUGUGUGCUCUCUCACAUGUGGGCAAGGCUGGCAAGUGAGGACGCGAUCAUGUGUUUCCUCUCCCUAUGGGACACUGUGCAGCGGCGCCCUGCGAGAAACACGCAUGUGCAACAACACUGCUUCCUGUCCAGGUGAACCUGGUAUAACAGGCUCAGUGGAGGGCCAGUGGUUGGAGUGGGGGCCGUGGUCGGGAUGCAGUGUGACUUGUAACACGGGGACCGAGGAGAGGCAGAGGCGCUGCAGUGCGUCGGUGCACGGCUGGGCCGAAUGUAAGGGCCUCCAUCAGGAGAGCAGAGAAUGCACCAACCCUUCCUGCAGUGGUGGAGGUAACUGGGGCAGCUGGAACCACUGGAGUCUCUGCAGCAAGACGUGUGACUCCGGUUGGCAGCGCCGCUUCAGGAUGUGUGAGGGCACUGGAAUACAGGGCUACCCCUGCGAUGGCUCAGGGGAGGAGGUCCGGUCCUGUAACGAGAAAAAAUGCCCUGCUCCUCAUGAGAUAUGUAAAGACGAGCACCUUCUCUCUAUGUCAUGGAAGAGAGCCUCAGCCGGGGAAACGGUCUACAACAAGUGUCCAACUAACGCCACUGGAUCUGCUAGUCGUCGUUGCAUGCUGGACAAUAAUGGAGUUGCUUUCUGGGGUCCUCCGAGCUUCGCCAGAUGCGUCUCACUUGAAUAUAGAUAUUUACAUUUAUCUUUACGAGAGCAUCUCGCGAAGGGUCAGAGGACCCUGGCUGGGGAGGGCAUGUCUCAGAUCGUAAGGAGUCUCCUGGAGCUCUUGCAGAGGAGGAGCUACUACAGUGGCGACCUUCUCUUUUCCACGGAGAUUCUGCGAAAUGUGACGGACACCUUCAAAAGAGCAACCUACAUCCCAGCUCCCGACGACGUGCAGAAAUUCUUCCAGAUAGUCAGCCACAUGUUGGACAUGGAAAAUGUAGAAAAAUGGGAGGACGCACACCAGGUCGCUCCCGGUGCUGCUUUGCUGAUGAGGAUAUUAGAAGACUUCAUUCACCUCAUCGGAGAAGCCCAGAAGCCUUUCCAGAGUUUCUUAGUGGUUACCAACAACCUCAUGAUAACCAUCCAGCGAGAGCCGGUGUCAGCAGUUUCUAGCGAUAUCAACUUCCCCAUGAAGGGCCGGAGAGGGAUGAAGGACUGGGCCAGAACAGCGGAGGACAAGCUCUACAUCCCGAAAGAGGUCUUCACCAACCCGACCGAAGAGAUGGAGGCGGACUCCGAGUCUACAUUGUACUAUGUCAUCGGAGCCAUCUUGUACAGGACAUUGGGCAUCAUCUUACCUGCACCAAAGCCCCCUGCGGUAAUCAACUCCAAGAUCCUGACAGUGACGGUACGGCCUGAACCGCAACCCAGUGAGCCCAUGGUGGUGGUGGAGCUGUCACCGCUUAUUAAUGGUACAUCGGAUCCUCAGUGCGUUGUCUGGGACUAUGGCAACCCGGAAGCUGGCGCAGAAAACUGGGGCACAGAAGGCUGCCAAACGCUCGCGUCAACCACUGUCCACACCAAAUGCCUGUGCAGCAGGAUAUCCACCUACGCAGUGUUAGCGCAGCAAGCUAAAGACCCGGACAUGGGUCCUGCCAGCAUGCCCUCUGUGCCCCUGAUGGUGGGCUGUGGGGUCUCCUGCACAGCUCUGCUCAUCCUGCUGCUAAUCUACGCUGCCUUCUGGAGGUACAUACGGUCGGAAAGAUCCAUCAUCUUAGUGAAUUUUUGCCUCUCCAUCUUGGCCUCCAAUUUAUUGAUUUUGGUGGGACAAUCUCAAACACUUAGCAAGGGCCUCUGUACUGUGACUGCUGCCUUCCUGCAUUUCUUCUUCUUGGCGUCCUUCUGCUGGGUGCUGACAGAGGCGUGGCAGUCCUACCUGGCCGUCAUUGGCAAACUGAGGUCACGACUCAUUCGCAAGCGUUUUCUGUGCCUCGGCUGGGGUCUUCCAGCCCUAGUUGUAGCAGUGUCAGUGGGUUUCACCAGAGCAAGAGGUUACGGCACAGCCAGCUAUUGCUGGUUAUCCUUGGAGGGCGGGCUGCUUUAUGCCUUCGUUGGGCCUGCUGCUGUCAUUGUAUUGGUGAAUAUGCUCAUCGGAAUUGUGGUGUUUAACAAGCUCAUGUCUCGAGACGGCAUCUCAGACAAGUCUAAAAAGCAGCGAGCGGGGGCCUCUCUGUGGAGCUCCUGUGUGGUUCUUCCUUUGUUAGCAUUAACCUGGAUGUCAGCAGUGCUUGCCAUAACUGACCGGCGCUCCACACUCUUCCAGGUGCUCUUUGCCGUCUUUGACUCUGUCCAAGGUUUUGUCAUCAUCACCGUCCACUGUGCAAUGCGUCGAGAGGUGCAGGAUGCAGUGCGCUGUAGGAUGGGGGGAUGUAAAGACGACAGUGAAAACUCACCAGACUCCUGCAAGAAUGGACAGGUGCAGAUCAUGAAGUGUCCAAAUGUGAGCCAAUGCGGGCAGCAGUGUGGCUCUCUGCGUUACGGCACAGCUCUGUGUCUGCCGGGUGGCCACCCGCAGCCGGUCCCACCGAUGUGCCACCAGGCAUGCCAGCAAGCCUGUUACCACAGUCUGCCCUGCAGCAACCACAACCACGGGCUAGAGCUCAGCCACGCCCUCAGCCACGCGCAUGAGCAUAGCCCCAUCCUGAACAAUACCCACAACCACGCUCAUAACCAUAACCACGCCCACAACCACAUCGGCAGCCAACCAACGGAUUUUGAGAAGGAUGUGGACUUGGCAUGUCAAACAGAGAGAGGACACCCAUUCAUAUUCAAGGAGGUGAACACCUGCAACCCGGCCACCAUCACCGGGACACUUUCCCGCAUCUCCCUGGAUGACGAGGACGAUCCCAAGCUGGCAGCCCAUCAGGAGGGAGGAGUCGGGGUGAACUUCAGCUCCCUCCCCGGGAACAUUCCCCCUCCAAACCUCAUUGUACAGGUUCCACCCCUCAGUGGCCUCAAUGAGCUGAGCGAGACACCCCUGAAGAAGGAGGUGAACGUGGAUCAGCAGAGACAGCAGGGGCAGCAACGCAGCGGCGCUCCAAUCUACCUGUGCACCGAGAGUGGCCUGGGCUGGGCUCGACCGCCCACUUCCUCAAACACCUCCCAGGACGGAAGUGCCGGAAGUGGGGGAAGCGGAGGAGGAGGGGGAGGAGGAAGUGGCGGAGUAGGGGAGGGAGACUACAUGGUCUUACCUCGUAGGACGGUCAGUCUCAAACCUCCAGUGCCCUCCUCCCAAGGAGGAGGCCUGGGACUGGGGGGUGAGGACAAGCCUCUCAACAUCGCAGUGGAGGAUCCCCCUUUUCCCCCGCCUCCCUCUCCCCUGACCCUCCACCCAGCUGAGAGCGAGGCCUACCCAGCGGAUUUUGUGCCGUCCAGUGUGGGCGACAUGAACAUCACCAUGAACCUCAACCGCUCCUAUGGGACGAUCAAAACCAUGCCCCACGGGCACGGCCACAUGAUGGCUCAGGGUGGUCUUGUACACUCCCACGGAGGACACAUGCACACCCACGGGCAUUCGCUCCAGCUGAAGCCGGGCCAGAGGCCAUCAGUCAGACAGAUUCUGACAGGGGGAACCACAGUGGAGAGAACCAGGACCCUGCCACGCAAUCUGGGCAGCACCAAUGCCAACACCAGCCUCUCUGCAGGAUCCCUGGAGAGGAAAAGAGUACGGUACUCUGAGCUGGACUUCGAGAAAGUGAUGCACACUCGCAAAAGACAUUCUGAGCUGUACCAUGAGCUCAACCACUCGUCCAAGUUCCACACCAUAGACAGGUAUAGCAGGGACCCAGCCAUGUCCACAUUCAAGAGGGAAAAGCGAUGGAGCAUUUCGUCUGCCGGAGGUGAAAAGAACUCGUCGAGUGACAAGUCAACCCCGGAGGACCAGAGCUCCUGGGACAGCUUCAAAACCAUGACCCCCGAGCUGUCCAUUGUUCCUGGGGAGCAGAAGGACCGGAUGGAGCUGCACAAUAAGAACUGGGACUCCUCCUCUGCUAACACCCCUGACUCGUCCGAAGGAGACUUCCAGACUGAAGUGUGAAGACACACGGAUGUACACGCACUCACUUGAAUACACACAUGCUCAUGCCGAGAUGCAGAUGCACACAGAGAUACUGAACUUCUGAAAAGCUAUACAUAAGUACAUGAUUUUCCGCAAAGAUCUCACACACACUGCUCCCCGUCUCCUGCAAUGUGCUCUGUCAGAUCCCAUACUGUAUUUGUUUACUGCUGCAGUGGACAGACAUGGAAAGAAGACUGUUCUACUCUAUAUUUUCGCAAAGACUAUUGAAAAGAAAGAACAGGGGCUUGACACGUCUGUGACUGACAAAGAUUUUUAAAAGAAGUUAAGAAAACUAUGAAAAAACUUAUUUCUGAGAAAAAUGUCUUGAUUUUAUUCUGGAGAAAAAAGAAAAUCUCUUUCAAUUGUUUAAUGAUUUGGGGGGGAAAAAAGAAAAAGAAGAAUAUUUCUGCACCGUUCAGUUCUUUUUAUAGCAAGGGGAAAAAAAUCUCACUGAGGUUUCUCACACUGGUAGCCCCCUAGGCACCCUGCUUUCAUUUAUUUCCUUUUCCCUUCUAAUGGAUGACGAAAGCAUUCAGUGUCUCAGUCUUUCCUUUUUUAUUUUCAUUAGUUUCUUUUUCAUCAUUUUGGAUGGAUAGGGGAUGGGGGGACAGGGGAAAAGCUGCUCCUUGAUAUGUGCCAUCCUUUCCACUUUUUUCAGGUUCCAGUUCAACAGUCCCAGCCAUCCAUUUCUCUCACGUCCUCCGUGUCAACAUUGUAUUCCCCCUUUUUGUGUAUUUUCUAUGGUUUAGCUAAAGAAACGUCCUCCCCUGUGGUUUGAAACUUUUAAUGAAAAGAUAUUACGAUUGAAACAAAGAACUGAGUUGUGUUCUAUGGUCUAACUGUUCAAGAGGAAUUGAUUUAUUUUCAAACUGGUUUGGUUUGUGCUUGUGCUGCAUUUUUUUUUCUCAUUAUUUUUUUCUUUUCUUUUUAUUUCCUGUGAGAAUUAACCCAUGUGGAACUUAAAAAAACAUGAUUUAGGACACCCACAGCACAUAAAUGCUUUCUGAGGUAAUGUGCGCCACAUGUUACCCACCCAUGAGGGAAAAGAAGGAUCGCAAUCACCAUUCAGAUUCUUGAAUCUCCUUUUUUUUCUUCUUUUGUUUGCUUGGAGAUAAAAGCCUUUAAAGAUUGAAGCAUCUGAAUUCAUUUCAGCCAUCACCAAUCACAGUAAUUCCAGAGAAACAGAAUAUCUCAAGUCUUUUUCAGCCCAAAUGGAAUCCGUACAAGCUCUAUUUAGCAUCUCUCAUUUCGCUAAAACCUAUGCUGCUUAGAGUGAACUAUUCAUCAGUUUAGCGACUAACUUGCUCUUCCCCAGUUACUGAGGAAAUGUUGUUAGCUUUACGUGACCUGAGGAGGUUUUUUCAAGCCAAUAACAUGUGAAUCUAAACACCACCUGAGCCAAAUUCUUCGUCCUUUUCCAAGAACCCCAUCACAAAUUUAAAGACAAACAUGCCUCCCUCUUCUUUUUCGCCUACUGCCUUCCCUUCUCAUUUCUCCUUCUCUGUUGCUCAUUCUGCCCACCCAGCGUCGUGCUACCAGGAGGCAUGAAAUCUUAAUGUUAGCAGUGAAGCCAGAUGUAUAAUUCCUCGUUCGCAUGAAUCCCCGUCCGUGUGAUUGUACCCUGCGCUUGUGAGCACAGCAGCUGCAGAAAGAUAGAGUGAAAUAGAAACGCAGUGAGGGGAGCCACAGAGGUUAGAAGGCUACAGGGUGGCAGAGUGAAGAGGGAAAAGCUAAAAAAAAAAAAAAAAAAGCCAGUGGUGGUGCUUCCUGCUUGACAUUCUACAUCCGUACUACCGACGCUACAAGAGGACAACCAGUUUCCCGCUGUUUCUACAUUAGCACAUCAGUCCUCGGCACACCAACAGAGGGAUGGAGACAGUGUCAGAGUGCAGGAUGAAUUCAAUAGAUGGCUUGAUAACUUUUCUGCCGAUGUUCAAAGCUCGCCCAAAUCUAACGGUGUGGAGAAACAGAUGAGAGACAAUUUAGGGCAGCAAAAAGUGCAAGAGAAAACUGUAGCCAUGGAAAAAGAUCCAAAAAUAUAUAGCGAGAAAGCUAGAGGCAGACAGAGAUGCAGAUUAAGAAGGGGAGUGCUCAAAACAGUAAUUACCCGGGGAUGGCGAUUUGUCCUGACAUUUUCCAAUGCAGCCCUCAAACCAUCUGUUUAAAGAUCCCUAAUGUGGUAGUACUGCAGCACAGCGCAGAUGGUGAGACAAGAGUGCGGCCCUCCUAACCUUUCAAGCUAAUCAGCUGAUACACAAACCUACAGCCCGCUCCCUCUCACAGGAGAGAGGGGUAGGUUCGGCCCCACGUCGCCCAGCUAAGGUCACAUUCACCUGACCUUCUGUGCGGCUCAGGAUUCAGAUCUCCCGUACAGUGUGUCCAAACAGAAGCAAGCAGCGGUCCGUCAGCACCACGGUCUCAGUCAGUGGGUGAUGCUGUAUAGUGGAAGAAAACAUCAGUCUCAGGGGAAACAGAUUUGACCUUUACACAGACAAAACAUUUUUUUUUUUAAAUAUAUACAGUAUAUAUAUAAAACAGAACUUGUUAAAGAGAAAGCUGUAGAUGAGCUCUCCCUAUAAAGCCUUGUUCCCAUGGUAACUUAUAAAUGGAAUUUGAUGAAAGGAGAAAAAAGGAAAGAAAAAGAAAGAAAUGUGAAUGUUUGAUUUCAGCGCAGUGUGCGAUUUCGUUCAUUUUUUUCUCUGUAUUUUGCUCAUUGCACACGAACGGUGUGAGUAGGUUUCACCUCAGUGAGGGCCGGAUUUUUAAGUGUUCACCUCCGAGAACGGUAAGUGCUUGACUGACUGAGAUUGAUGACUGAUCAUUUGAGUGUGCCACCGCAACUACGGAUCAUCCUGCAAUUUCACAGUUUUCCUUUACUCUGAUAAACUGAUGCAAAUGCUGACACAUGAAGAUGAUAGAGUGUAUGCUAGUACGUCAGAUUGUUUUCCUUUUGUGUGUUGAAAGCCUGCCAAACUCAACAGCCCAUGCAGAGAGAUGAAACACGGGCAAGCCCAAUUUGCAACUUAACUCCAGGCGGACACCAACUCCAAAACCUACUAUACUCACCUUCACAUCCACCUUCACCCUUUAGCCUUCGAUGCUUAGGUGUUAACCGACUGCUACAACCAUCCAACAUUCCAGUUGAUUUAUUAUUGAAAAACCCCCCUCCCUUUCCUUUUCUCCCUCAUUUCUGUUCUUUUUAUACAUAAGAUUGUACAAAGUAGUCCUCUAAUGUUUUCAUAGUGUCUUUUUAUAUGAAAAUAAAUU